UCGCACCGGGGGGCUGCAGAGCCGGCGGCGAGGGAAGGGCCUGGCGGGGAAGGAGCCCGAGCGGCAGCAGCCCCUCGUCCGCCUCCCUCCUAGCCGAGACGCCAGACCGGCCCUGGCCACGGCGUGGAGCUGCUGCUCGCUCUUAGGUUUUUGGGUUUUUUUAAGCCUUUACUGAACCUGCUGCCUGUGUUCUCACUCGAGAUGCCCUCCUUCCUCUGCUAGGUAUCCUCUCCUUGGUGGUGCAAACGUGAUAGCUGCCAUCGCAAAUAAAGCUUAACCUGUAAUCUGUUCCAGUAAACCUGAAUGUGCCGUCUUGCGCUCUGUUUCAGCCCGUUGUAAUGUACCAUUUAAGGCCUUUCUUAUAUCUAGCCAAACUAUUUUCUUAUGCUGUAAGAGACUGUAUUUAAGUGUCGAUGUAUUCUCGGUUCUUUCCCCCGUGCCUGGAAUUGCAGUUUGUUCAGAUUAGGGUUUUUGGAAUGAGAAGUUUGCUGGUAAAGUGGCUCUUCUUCCAAAGUCACUUAAUGCAAGUAUUGCUGCUGCAGAGCAGUUGCAGCGGGCAACAGACGUGAAUGCAGAAAUUAGAGAAUAUUUUUUCAUGGAACCGGACACACUUGGAGCCCAUGUACAGCAAGACAACAGACACCCGGACAAAGAUGUAGAUGACCAAGAGGCGUUUUCCCCUUCUGGCUUGGGAUCAAAUCUCUCAGUCGCAGAUGGUGGAGGGCACUGCGGAAUCUCAGUAACAUCCCCGUGCUGUCGCACUGGGCCUGGGGACAACGAUAGCACGCUCAGCGGAGAGCUGGAGGGAAUCAAGGCCACAGACCAGGACAUUUAUCUGAGAAAAUGGAUACAUCUUCCCAAAAAUACCCAAUCAAAAAGCGAGUGAAAAUUCAUCCCAACACAGUAACAGUGAAAUAUACCUCUCAUUAUCCCCAGCCAGGGGAAGAGGGAUAUGAGGAUGUUAAUGAAGAUACUGGAGUGUUUAUGGAGGAUAAUCCCAAGAAAAGACUACUGAAUGAUGGGAAAAAGAGAGAACAGACCUUUUUUGGUACCAUAGACACCAAGCAUCAGCCAGCACAACUGCCAAAACCUGAUGAGAUCGGGCAAUCCCAGCAUUUUCCUGAAGGAAAUAUACUGCAGUCGAGGAAAACGUGGGUAGUCCUUUUUGGAUCUGCCAUGGCUCAUGGAUGUGUGGCUCUGAUUACAAGAUUAAUUUCUGAUCGUUCCAAAGUUCCAUCCCUAGAGUUAAUUUUCAUCCGUUCGGUCUUACAGGUGCUGUCCGUUACUGUUGUGUGUUAUUAUCACGAGCCUCCCUUUGGCCCCAAAGGCUACAGGCUCCGGCUCUUCUUUUAUGGGGUCUGCAAUGUCAUCUCUAUUACCUGUGCUUAUACCUCCUUCUCUAUAGUUCCCCCCAGCAACGGGACCAUUAUGUGGAGGGCUACCACUACAGUUUUCAGUGCCAUUUUGGCCUUUUUACUCAUAGAUGAAGGAAUGGCUUACAUAGACAUAAUUACUGUAGUUGGCAGCGUGUUUGGCGUUUGUCUGGUCAUGAUCCCCAACAUUGUUAAGGAAGAAAACUCUUUGCUGAGCACCUGGAAGGAAGCUUUUGGCUACACCAUGACCGUCAUGGCAGGCUUAACCACUGCUCUCUCCAUGAUAGUCUACAGGUCAAUCAAAGAUAACAUCAGCAUGUGGACGGCAUUAUUCACCUUCAGCUGGACGGGAACGGUAUGGGGAGCGUCCACCAUGUUCCUACUUCAAGAGCCAAUUGUCCCACUGGAUGGAGAGACCUGGAGCUAUCUCCUUGCCAUCUGCCUGUGCUCUACGGCAGCCUUCCUCGGGGUCUACUACGCCCUGAGCAAGUUCCACCCUGCUUUGGUCAGCACUGUACAGCACCUGGAAAUAGUCAUUGCCAUGGUCCUGCAGCUGCUUGUGUUGCGCAUCUUCCCAGGUACUUAUGAUCUUGUCGGGGGAGCGGUUAUUUUGGUUAGCGUUUUUUUCCUUGCGUGUUAUAAACUGUCCUGGAAGAAUUUAGGAAGACAAGAUUAUCAGGAGAUUGUGGAUUCUUCCAUUAAAUGAACUGCGGUUUUGCCAUCCAAUUCUGACUAUGUGACCAUGUGAAAGUAACGCAUUUCAACUCUGUGGUGUUCUAGCAUAGUGGCCAGGUCCUCUACUGUUUAAAUUCACAGGUGAUGUAGCAAUGUUAGUAUUUCCAGACGUCCCUGACAAGUGAAUUUGUUCUAGUGCAUACAACCACUGCCAUUUUGUUGUAUGAGAAAAGGCUAUUUGUCUCCAGCACGUAGCGGGGGUGUGUAGAAGUGCAGGCCAAGUCGUGGGCAUGUUCUUCCUCACCUUCCCUGGGUAAGGCAGUACAGAGACAGAGGGAUUCACCAGUGACUCUCAUUUCUGUGCAGUGUGGUAGUAGGAAAAUGAGCAGUAAAACCAUUAAAAUGGUCAACCAGAAUGUUCUUAUCCUCUGUGAUGCUUGUUAGGCUUUGGCUGUGAUAUUCUAAAUGAAGUAAUGCUAAUAUUUCUGUGGUUAAAACUUGCGCUUCCCGUGUGUAUAAAGAAUAAGUCAGUAAAGCUUUUUGUGCUUUGUGGUUAAAUUUCUGUCUGAAUUGAUGCAGGAAGCCCAGACCUCCUGUGGGGGAAAGAGCACCCCAAAAACUGGAUGUCUAGUUGUGGCACAGCUGUGAAAGAAAGGUCCCCGAGAACUAUAAGGUCCAUGAUAGAUAAAAGAUCUACCCCUGAAGCAGAGCAAUAUUCCUUCUAUGGAACCACUUUUUCUAAAACAGGUUUUGACUAUUAUGCAAGGGAGGAAAAAAAGGAAAAAGACUGCAUUUGAGGUUGAGGUGUCAGCAGCGGCAGUAACGCUGAACAGCCUGACAGGCAUCCAGUGACUUUAAGUCAGUGUGGUUGGGUCCUAACACUUCAGUUAGAAAUUAGAUUUAUAAAAAGCCCCGGGGUUUUAUGGUUCCAAACAGUAUUCCUGGCCGUGCUAAUGUAUGGCUAGUUAAGAGAAAGGCCAGGGCUCCGUGCCAGCCAGGACCAGCGAGCACUUUCCCACAGACUGUGCCUCUG